AUGGCGACGGCGACGGCGACGGCGACUCCAUCGGAAAACCCUGUCAACGGCUCAGAUGUCGUUUCGAAGCCUCCGGCCGACGGAGACGCUCCAUCGAAGCAGACGCCGGCGUCCUUCGGCGGAGGCGUCGACGAAUCGAAGGGCGGAUCUGCUGCUGAUACUGAUAUCCAGAAGAAGAUGAAGCGCGCGGAGCGGUUCGGCAUGCCGGUGCGGAUGACGGAGGAAGAAAAGCGUAGUUCCCGAUCUGAGAGGUUUGGCUCUGGGUCUGCUGCGAAGGUGUCAGAUACUAAGGCAUCGGAGGACCUGAAGAGGAAAGCUAGAGCAGAGAGGUUUGGGAUUGUGCAGUCUGCUCAAACUGAUGAAGAAACAAAGAAAAAAGCUAGACUUGCUAGGUUCGGUUCAACACCGAACACCGAUUCAGUGGAGGAAGAUAAAAAGAAAGCCAGAGCACUCAGAUUUUCACAGCCAAAUUCUGGUUCCAAGACAAAUGGAAAAGGGGAUACUGAGGUGAAAACAAGUACUGCUGGCAAAGCUGGUGCAGGAACCUAA